UUUUAGCUCCUUAAUUCUCCCCAGCCUGGAUCUGUGGUGAGUGAACUCUGAUGAAGGUAGCUGAACCUCCAGCUUUGCUGCAAGGUUUAAAAUACAAUCCUGCAUUCACUGCUAUCUAGAAAAUGUCUUAUGGAUCCAUUGAUGGGAGUGGAUUUGGAAGCAGGAAUCCAUUUGGAGGCCCUUCGCGACAAGGCUAUCAACCUCUUGCCACCCAGAUUGAUCCCAGUGAACUGCAGGAGCUUUUUCAGGAGACUUCAGCCAACGUCUUCCGAAUCAACUCCAAUGUGACCUCCUUGGAAAGAAGCCUUAGAUCUCUGGGGACCUCAAAUGAUACUCAAGAGCUACAGGAUGGACUGCACGCAACCCAGCAAGAGACUAAUAAAACCAUCACGACUAGCACCAAAGCCAUCAAGCAGCUGUCUGAAGUUGUGAGAGGCUCAUCCAGGCAAGAGCGACUUCAGCUGGACAGGUUGAAGAACCAGCUGUCCGAUGCCAUCCAGCGAUACGGGGCUGUGCAGAAGAAAAUAGCAGAGAAAUCCAAAGCUUUGCUUCCUACUGGGCAGAGAAGUAGCAAACAGAGUCCUAGGACCCCAUUCUCUGACCUACCUGAUGAUGAGAAGAUCUUUAAUGGAGGAGAUGGCACGUGGCAAAAUCAGAACCAGGAUCAAGCCUUGCUCUCAGAAAUUACAGAAGAGGAUCUAGAGGCCAUCCGUCAGCGGGAAGAGGCCAUUCAGCAGAUUGAGGUCAGUAGCCUUCUCUAGUCAUGGGCUUGCAAGCCCAAGUGGUGCUUCUUCAUGCUCUGGAUUGCUCAGCAUGAGGAAGG